AUGGAGAACAGCAUCUCCAGCUCUGCUUCAGUUUCAACUCCCCGGUUCAAGUGCUUCGACCCUACAAACUCUUAUCACGCUACCGCCCAUCACAUUCGUAACCGUGCUUACUUUGUAACCACCCCCAGCUUGCCUUCAAGUUCUGACUGCAGUACUCCCAGCAGGGACGGGGACAGUGGCAGCACUAUGGCAAUUUCAGCAAAACUGGAACCCAAAAUUGUAACCGGUGAAUUGGGCUAUGUCCUUGAAGAUGUUCCUCACUUCACCGAUUACCUCCCUCACCUCCCCACAUAUCCCAAUCCACUGCAAGUUAAUCCUUCAUAUUCAGUUGUCAAGCAGUAUUUCGUUAACAUGGAUGAUACAGUAGCCCAAAAGAUUGUUGUGCAUAAGGACAGUCCAAGAGGUACGCACUUUAGACGUGCAGGACCUCGUCAAAAGGUGUAUUUUGAAUCGGAUGAAGUGCACGCAUGUAUUGUAACAUGUGGUGGUCUAUGCCCUGGUUUAAACACUGUCAUCAGGGAACUAGUUUGCGGCUUAUAUUACAUGUACGGUGUCAACAGAGUACUUGGGAUAGAGGGAGGAUACAGGGGUUUUUAUGCUCGAAAUACAAUUCCUUUGACACCGAAGGUUGUGAAUGAUAUCCAUAAACGUGGUGGCACCAUUCUUGGGACAUCACGAGGUGGCCAUGAUAAGUCAAAGAUUGUUGACAGCAUUCAAGACCGAGGCAUUAAUCAGGUUUACAUUAUUGGAGGAGAUGGAACUCAGAAAGGGGCUUCUGUGAUUUUCGAGGAACUUAGAAGACGCGGCCUCAAAGUUGCUGUUGUUGGAAUUCCAAAGACCAUUGAUAAUGACAUUACGGUUAUAGACAAGUCCUUUGGUUUUGACACUGCUGUUGAGGAGGCUCAGCGAGCUAUUAAUGCAGCCCAUGUUGAAGCAGAGAGCAUUGAGAAUGGAAUCGGUGUUGUCAAACUAAUGGGACGCUACAGUGGGUUUAUAGCGAUGUAUGCCACUCUUGCCAGCAGAGAUGUGGACUGUUGCUUGAUUCCAGAAUCACCCUUCUAUCUCGAGGGGCCUGGAGGACUAUUUGAAUACAUUAAGAAAAGGCUAAAAGAGAAUGGACAUAUGGUUAUAGUAAUGGCCGAAGGCGCAGGACAGGAGCUUCUUACUGAAAGCAUACGUUCCAUGAACCAACAGGAUGCUUCAGGAAACAAGUUACUCCAAGAUGUUGGUCUGUGGUUAUCUCAGAAGAUUAAGGCAUUAGGUUAUGGUUUGAUAUGGAUGAAAUUAGGGAUCCAUAGGGUUGGUUUAGUAGGAAUUGGGGAUCACUUUGCAAGUCAGAAAAAGAUGACAAUAAAUCUCAAAUACAUAGAUCCCACUUACAUGAUCCGUGCGGUUCGGAGCAAUGCAUCAGAUAAUGUGUACUGCACUUUACUAGCUCACAGUGCCAUUCAUGGUGCAAUGGCAGGAUAUACAGGGUUCACUGUUGGCCCUGUUAAUGGAAGACAUGCUUACAUACCGUUUUAUCGGGUAAUCGAGAGGCAGCAUAAAGUUGUGAUCACAGAUAGGAUGUGGGCAAGGCUUCUAUCGUCUACAAAUCAACCAAGCUUCUUGGACCAUAAAGAUGUCACUGGAGACAAGAGAGAGGAAGAACCAGAAACCCCAGAACUAAAUGAGAGUGGGGCAAAUCAUAUUGAGCCCUUGACAGCUCAAUCAAGAGAUUAG